AUGGCAGAUAAUCCAAAUAACAGUAAUAAUUCUAAUAAUUCGGCUCAAGUUAAGCUUUUAGAACAACCCUGGUUCCAGAAGGCUUACAAAUCUGCAGUAGAGUUUUACAAAUAUGAUGAGGUACUACAGCCUGAGGAUCGUUUAUCUCUAUCUCAAUCUUAUGUUAGGAUCUCGAAAUCGCAAUUCUGGGGUGGUUGGCUGGCAUUUUCAUUAGUGUUUGUGCCUCCAUUUAUACAGCGGUAUUAUCGGACAAAUAGCAUUAAAGGUGUAAAGUUGGCCAGAAAUUUCAUUCUAGGGAGCGUUGCCAUGUUUAUUGGAAGUAAUUUUGGCAGUUCAUAUAUGUAUCGUAAGAUUUUGGAUGAUAUGAAGCCUGAAUUUGACUAUGGCGAUGCUGAAGAACAAAGCGCAUUGGCAUCUAAAAGGAGACAGUACAAUAUCAUGAAACUUAUAAAAGAUGGUUCCUCCAAUAAAUGGGCCAGUUACUUCAUGAAUACCUACCAUGACCCCGGCAGGCGGCUACCAAACCCAGAAACGAAAUUGCGGGAGUUACAGGCGGGAAAAGUACCCAGGGUAAACCCGGUGCUUGAUCAGCGGGAUCCGAUGGGCCUUUAUACAUCACCUAAAAAACAGAUACCACAAGAACCCAAACCUUUGGAACACCGACCAAGCGAAAUAGAUAGUCUUGAUGGAUGGACUUCUGGUUGGCCUGAAGAGCCAAAAAAAACAACAGAAUCAGCAUGGAAUCGGGUGCGUCAGCAGAAUACUGCAUCCAAUCCUGCCACUAGUAAUACAUGGGAAAGUUUGCGUCAGCGAAGUACUCGUCCUGAACAGCGUAAUGGUGAUCAUCAAAAUCACUUAGGAGUCUUCGGUAAUUAUGGUGACUUCCGUGAUGGCCAAAAUUACACCAGUAACGAUGAUACGAUGUAUACGGAUGACGACAUAAUGGACAUGCUGGCAGGGGAGCAGGACCGUUAUGGAAAGGAUAAUUAA